AUGGCUCGGCUGGCGCCACUGGAAGAUAAGCGCGCCUGGCCUGCCUUAGGGCUCCAGCCAGAUCAAGGUGGUCAAGACCACGAGGCUCUGGAGGAUGUGCAGCGCGAGUGCCACGUCAAGGCCGUGAGUUCGAGCUUGUCCGAACAGAGUUUGCUGGAAAAAGAGCAGCCAUUGAUGCUCAUGGUUGGUUGCAUGCUGCCUUGGCAGGAAGUGUUGAUGACCAGAUUCAUGUCCGAUAUUGUGCGAAAAGGCAAAGGCGGCAUUGCUACAGGAGCGGCGUCAGCGAAGGGAACGCAUGCGAAAGGCGAGCUGCGCCUGAGUGAAGGAGAUUUCGCGCAGGCAAAGUCAUGCCUUGCCCAGGCGGUGGAAAUCAAAGACCACCAGAUCGAUGAUGUUGUGCGCUUGCUUGCUGCGGAAGAGGUCAGGUAUAUCCAUGCGCCGUGUGAAGCCGAUGCUCAAAUGGUGUAUUUGGCUUGGCAUGGUUACGUUGACUUCUGCAUCUCUGAAGACAGCGAUCUCCUGGCGCUUGGCUCCCCCCGAGUGCUCUACAAGCUCCGUGGCGAUGGACAUGGCAGAGAGAUUAUCUUGGAUGAUGCGCUGAAUGGUCGAAGCUUGGAGGACUUCCAGGCGAUUUGCAUCUUGAUGGGUUGCGACUACUUGCCUCGUCUUCGCAGGGUUGGGCCCGCACUAGCAGUCCAAGUUGUGGCGGCGCGCGGCUGCGAGGCGGAGGCCGUUGCCAGGGAGCUGCGGGUUCUUGGAAUCGCUGUGCCGUCGGAGUACGCCGAGCACUUCCGGCUGGCGAGCAAGGUCCUUCAGCUGCAGCCGGUCUACGAGCCUCGUAGCGGCCGGCAGAUUCCACUUUGGAGCUCGCAGGAGCCGCACGCGGUGCCUGUGCAGCUCGCGAGCCAUACCGGGACCUCUGCUCCGCAGGAAACUGAUGCUUCAUGCCGCGAUGGUUUGGUCCCGAUUGAGGCGCCUCGAGGUCGCGUGAGUCGGAAGGAAUCCCCCCGCCGCAGCCGCAGCCGCACCCCUGCACGACGAGAAGGUGGCAGUGGCAGCGCAUUUGUCAGCGACUCUUUCGAACAAGCGAGGUCCACUCAGCAGGGCGCGAUGACCCUGGAAGAAUUCAUUCGUCGAGAGCGUGUAGAACGUACGGGAAGCUCACAAGGUGCUGGUGAGCAUGGAGACGGAGACCUUGCAUGCCCAGCCUUGAGUGCAAAAGAAGGAAAGUCGCGCUUCUUUGGACGGCAGCACUCCAAAAUGGGCAGCCUGUGGUCGGACUGA